UGAGUGGUAAUGAGAAAACACGUAUCGUUUGAGGUACACGGGGAUAGUUCUUCGGAGGCGAGCACCUCGAGCAGGGAUCCUCAGACUCCACGGAGUGGAAAUCGAUGGAACACGCGGUCCAGACAUGUUCCAACACCGAAGAUGACAGAGCGGAAAAAGGCUCUGUUUGGUGGAUAUUGUAAAAAAAGCGAGGGAAUAGAAGAUGUCGAUUUGGGGCCAAUGAGUCCACUUAAGUUCAGCAAUAGUCCGAAAAGAGUUCCAAUGAAAUCUAUGAAUAUUACUUCCUUCCGUAAUAUACUUGGUAAUGCGUCUCCGGAGAGCGAUCGCUCGCUUUCUCCGGAUUUUGAAAGCCGAUUCUCACGGUCAGAUAUGUAUGAGAUUCUACCGGCAUCUCACAACAAGGAGAACUUGAUGACGGACGAAGAAACACGUCAGUCCUUCACGAACGGGACACCCAAGGCGGGAACUCCUGUGGGAAAUACCUUGCUGGAUGAAACUAAUUCCAACAGCUUGUCUCAACUGAUGAAUUCUGAUUUGAACAUUGUGGACAGGAAAAAUCACUUACUGAAGACGCCUGGGGUUUCGAACACAAACGGCCAGAAGAAAGAACUUGUGAUAUCACUUAGGAAACUGAGUUUUCCCUGCACUGCCAUAACUCCAAACGAUGACAACUCUCCAGCGAACACAAGCUUUGAAAGUAAGGCCCGCACCUCUCUGUCUUUUGGCGAUAUGCGACCAAUUUCAACAAAAUCGUUCUAUUCGUCCUCGAAUCGAAACAAUACGCCUAAAUCAACUACUCCCAAAAAGGUCUCACCACUUUCGGUGCCAACCUUGGCAAGAAUGCCCGUGAAGCGAGCUUCGUCGAGCAACAAAAAACGACGACAGUCGACCAAGAAACACACAAGUUCCAUACGACUUGGGAAUAUCAAUCGCGGCGUCUUCCAUAGAAUUAAAAAACCAACUAAAGCGAAGAGCUUAGUGAAAAAGCUUUCCACCAGCCAUAUUUUGGAAUCGACCAUUUCCAUAUUAGAUAAAUCGAUGGAAAAGAAGAACGAGAGCAGAUCGAUGCCUGCCACACCGGAGGAACCUCUGCUGAAGCAGCAGCUAAAUCGAAUCAGAAGAAUCCUCCAGGGCACCAGGAACCCCAUCGAGCAGGCCAGACCCCUGUCGCUGUCCAAGUCGCUGGUGGAUUUGAGUAACACCUCGCUCUACCAUGACGAUUCCAGCGAUGGCGAAUCGGAUGACGGCCGUGACGGCUCGCUUGCAAACGACCUGCUGCUGAAUGCUGAAUCGGAGGCGAGUGAGAACGAUGAUGCCAAAUCUGAGGGGGGCGCUAGGAAAUUCUUCAAAUCCAGCUCCAGCAAACGGAUUAAGCGGGAGUAUAAAGUUGUGAAUAAUGUUUGCGCGACCGUGCGGAAAGGUGGCAAAAUUCAGCUGAACCAGAGCAAACUGAAGAAGCGGAAGUACAAAUCGAUGUUUGAGGAAGACUUUGACUUCGAAUCCGAACAGUUGGAGGUGGAUGAUAUCAUCAGCAAACUAAAUCAAUCCAAUGAUGGUGGUGGUGGUAUUGUGCAAAAAAUCGAUUCUCAGCAAUCGUCAGCUCGGGAAUGCCAACCACAACCCGUGGAAAUCGAAUUCAUCGACGCUCUGCGCAACGAAGUCAGCAAUGAUGAGCCAAUUCCCGUGCAAUCGAACAUUAUUUUUGUCGAUCGACUAUCUCCUCUGAGUGACUCUCAGGAUAACAACUGCAUGCAGGAGGUUCCUGCAGGUGAUGUUUGUUCCCCGAAUGGUGAAUACCACCAAUCGCCGAUGACUCAGAUACGAACUAUGACUUCCGAAAUGAGCAUCACGAAGGCAGUCAAUGUUACGGACCUUUUAAGCAAAGCCGGCGACGAGGGAGGAAAACUAUUCCCUAUCUUCUACAGAGAUCACCAGCGAGCGGUCGCGAAUGCGGAAACAUCACAAGAUACUUAUGUCGGUCUGUUCGACUCCGCUUGGCGACAGCAAAAGCGACUCCAGACAUGGCGUCCGAUAGGACCUAGUCAAAUGCAGAUAGAUGCAGGUCAGAAGCAAUACGGAGCACGGCAAUGUCCAGAAUGUGAUCUAGUUUACAGUGUUCAUGAACCGGAGGAGGAGUUGAUUCAUGAGAACUAUCACAACUCGAUACAUGUAUUGAGAUUCAAUGGGUGGAAAAACGAACCUGCUGUUGCCCAUGUGCCCGAGUGGGAUGUUACGGGGAGGAUUUUGGGGAUUCCCAUUGUCCUAGCGAUGGACAAGCAUAGACUGCGGAAGGUUCAGCAGGUGUUGGAUGUCGUAGAUCGUGAGCUGGGAUAUGUGGAACCAUGUCAGUUGACACAAGGCUCUGUUGUUUAUUUGGCGGUUGCACGAUCAAUGGUGCUCGGAGCUUGCGUGGUUCAACCGUUACAGUGUGCCAAUCGAUUACUCACCAUAGAAGGCAUCGAAGGGUCGAUCGAUUGCUGCACAACGGAAACCUAUCCUGUGAGAUGUGGUAUUUCUCGGAUAUGGAUAUCUCCCAGAUUCAGGAGACAUGGCAUUGCGCGCACGUUACUUACUGUUAUCAAGUCUCACUUCAUCUUCGGCAAGCAGAUGAGCUAUGACGAGAUUGCCUUUAGCGCCCCGACCGAGGCUGGCAAACGGUUGGCGGAAAGCGUCACUGGACGUAAAGAUUUUCUCAUUUAUAUGUAAUAUUGCUCCUCGCGAGUCACUCCUUGUAUAUGUUUCUUUUUGUUUCAUUGUACAUUUUUUAUCCUGUUGCCCAUUUUAUUUUUGUUGAUCUUUUUAGACCAUGACAAUAAUGACAAUAUUUCGUGAUAAUGCUUUUUUAAUUUUUUGUUUACUUAUUUACGAUGUAUUCUCAUGAAAAGCCAUACAUUGAACUACAAAUGUACAAUAAAAAAUCAGUUAAUC